AUGGAUUUCAACGCGAGGUUUACUUCCGCUUUGACCGGAAUGACAUCUGUCGAUCCUGAUUCGGUACAAUUUCUUAUGUUUAAUGAUGAAGACGUUAAAAAACUAAGUGUGGCGAAGAUAACUAACACGACGUCUUUCGAUUCUAUGGGGAACCCUACGAAGGGUGGUCUCUAUGACCCAGCGUUAGGGCCAAUCAGAGAGCGAAAUGAUUUAUGUACAACAUGUUCAAACAGCCUUAUCAAUUGUUCAGGGCAUUUUGGACACAUUGAACUACCACUGAUUGUUGUAAAUCCACUGUUUAUUAAAAAUAUAUAUACUCUGUUUCGAGUUACUUGUCUCAAAUGCUUUAAAAUACAAAUGGACGACCGCAUGAAAUUUAUUUUAAAGUUGCAACUGGAACUACUUGAUGCUGGUCAUGUCACGGCUGCAUUAGACUUGGAAAAUUAUAUUGGGGAUGUCAAAGAUUAUAAAAGUGAAUCAUCACCAGAUAAACCUAAUAAAGUCAUUAGGAAGUAUCAAAAACUUUUAAAAAAGAAAGAUGCGCUGAAUGAGAUGUUUCAAAACAAAAAUACAGAUAGAUUAAGAAGUAAAAUCAUCAAUAAUUUUUUUAGAGCUAUAAAUAUAUCUAAGACGUGUCUUCACUGCAGAAGCAAAUUGAUCAAAGUAACAACAUCUGAUAACAAGAUAAUGUAUAAUUUAAGUUCUGAAGGAAGUGGAAAAGGUAUUAAAAUAUUAAUGCCCGACGAUUUAAAACGCUAUUGCAAAUCAAUAGAACAAAAUGAUGAAGAUAUUCUUGUACAUUGUAUUCCAUUACUCCAACAUGCAAAAACUAAACCUGUUACUGAUUUAUUUUUCAUGCAAGUUGUUCCAGUACUGCCACCUAAUGUCAGACCAUGCAAUGUACUAAAUGGAGAAUUAAUUGAGCACCCUCAGACUAAUGUAUACAAAAGUAUAUUGCAAACUGCGCUCAGUGCUAGGGCAGUCUUGCAAGUCUUAAUGUCAUCUGAUCAACUAAAAGCGAUAGACAGUCUUGACCAAAAACCAAGGCAAGCAUAUGAAAGUGUUAUGGGUAAAUCACCAUCAGAAAAAUUGCACACAGUUUGGCAAGAUUUACAGAAACAAAUAAACCAAUUACUUAGCUGUGACAAUACAGGACUUGCUAGUCAAGGAUUAAAACAAAUAUUAGAAAAGAAAACUGGUGUUAUAAGAAUGCAUAUGAUGGGUAAAAGAGUGAAUUUUGCAGCUCGUUCAGUUAUAACACCUGAUCCUAAUGUUGAUAUAGAUGAAAUUGGUAUUCCUGAUGCGUUUGCAACUAAGCUUACUUACCCUGUGCCUGUUACUGAAUGGAAUGUGGAUGAAUUAAGAAGGAUGGUAAUAAAUGGACCAAAUAAACAUCCAGGGGCUGAAAAGUUGGAAGUGACAAAUGGAAGGAUAAUCAGAAUACCACCAGAUUCUAUUCAAAAGCGGAAAAGUCUUGCAAAGAAGUUAUUGACACCUGAUGAAUAUAAAACAUCAGGGUUGAAAAUAGUUCACAGACACUUAAUCAACGGUGAUAUACUUAUAUUAAAUCGUCAACCCUCUCUUCAUAAACCAAGUAUGAUGGCCCAUAGAGCGAGAAUUCUGCAAGGUGAAAAAACUCUUAGACUCCACUAUGCAAAUUGUAAAUCAUAUAACGCUGAUUUUGAUGGUGAUGAAAUGAAUGCACAUUUUCCACAAAACGAAAUUGCAAGAAGUGAAGCAUAUAAUAUUAUGUCUGUUACAAAACAAUAUCUUGUGCCAAAAGACGGAACACCUCUGAGUGGUUUGAUUCAGGAUCAUGUCAUAUCAGGAGUAAGGAUGUCAUUAAGAGGCACCUUUUUUACAAAGUCAGAUUACCAACAAUUAGUUUUCCAAGCAUUAUCGAAUCACAAAGGAGAAAUUAAAUUGCUUCCUCCGACUAUUUUAAAGCCAAUAACGUUAUGGUCUGGUAAGCAAGUUUUAUCUACAAUUAUAAUUAACAAUAUACCAAAAGGAAAACCUUAUCUUUCUUUAACUGGAAAGGCAAAGAUUGGUACAAAGGCAUGGCAAAAAGAACAACCAAAACCUUGGAAUGCGGGUGGUACUCCUUUUACAAAUCCAAAUGAAAUGUCCGAAGCAGAAGUCAUCAUUAGAAAAGGAGAACUCUUAUGUGGGGUAUUAGACAAAACUCACUAUGGAGCAACUCCUUAUGGUCUGGUUCACUGCAUGUAUGAUUUGUAUGGAGGAGACAGUUCUAGUGCCAUUUUAAGUUCUUUUUCUAAGGGAUUCACUUUUUAUUUACAAUGGAUAGGAUUUACUCUUGGUGUAAAGGACAUCUUAGUUGUGGAAGAGGCUGACAAGAAGCGUGAUGAAAUAAUACGUUUAGUACGACAGGCUGGACGAGUCGCUGCUGUAAAAGCAACGGAACUACCUGCAGACGUUGAUGAAAGUAACCUCAAAGAAACUAUUGGCGAAAUGCUAAUUAAAGAUCCAAAAUUCCGUGCGAAUCUUGACAGACAAUAUAAAAAUAUGUUGGACUCAUACACUAAUAACAUCAAUACUGUAUGCUUGUCUGAAGGAUUGUUGGAAAAAUUUCCUGAAAAUAAUCUUCAACUCAUGGUGCAAUCAGGAGCAAAAGGAUCAACUGUUAAUACUAUGCAGAUCUCUUGCUUAUUAGGUCAAAUUGAAUUGGAAGGCAAGAGACCCCCAUUAAUGAUUUCUGGACGAUCACUACCUAGCUUUCCUCCAUUUGAUAUAUCACCAAGAGCAGGAGGUUUUAUUGAUGGUCGGUUCAUGACUGGAAUACAACCACAAGAAUUCUUUUUCCAUUGUAUGGCUGGUAGAGAAGGUCUUAUUGAUACAGCUGUAAAAACUAGUCGUUCAGGCUAUUUACAAAGAUGUUUAAUAAAACAUUUAGAAGGAUUGAGUGUUGCUUAUGAUAAUACAGUCAGAGAUGCCGAUAGUAGCAUCAUUCAAUUUGCAUAUGGUGAAGAUGGUCUUGAUGUUUUGAAAUGUCAGUUCUUAAAAAAAGAUCAAUUUAAGUUCCUUGAUGUAAAUUCUAACGCAGUCGUUUCUAAAUCUACUAUCAAGAAACUUAAAGAAGAAUCGGACUUAAAGUUAAUAGCUAAAUGUAAAAAAUCCUUAAAGAAAUGGAAAAAGAAAAACGGAAGUCCUUUUGAAAAAGUGAGAACGAGUGGUUUCAGUCAGUUUUCUGCAGUUACAAAAAGAUAUAUCGUUCUAGAUGAUAAACCGACAGACCAAACUAGAGAUCCAUUUUACUGGGAAUUAGAAAAAAUGUGGCGUUCCUUGGAUGAAGAAGAAAAACAGCAAUAUGUGAAAAAACGGUGUCCUGAUCCGAUACCAAGUAAAAUGUCUCCUGAGUUCAAGUUUGGUACCAUAAAUGAACAAUUAGAUAACCUAAUUGAAAAUUAUCUAAAAAAUCGCAACGAAAGUGCACAUAAUGAAUACACAGAAAAGGAUAAAUUUGUUGAAAUUAUAGGUGCCAAAUAUUUAGCUUCAAUGGCAGCGCCUGGAGAGCCGGUGGGGCUGCUAGCAGCUCAAUCAAUUGGCGAACCGUCAACUCAGAUGACUUUGAAUACUUUCCACUUUGCUGGUAGAGGUGAUAUGAACGUUACAUUAGGUAUACCUCGUUUAAGAGAAAUUUUAAUGACAGCAUCAGCAAAAUUGAAAACACCCAGUAUGGAUAUACCUUUCCUUAAUAAUAUCCCAGACAUAAAUAAAAAAGCCGAAAGACUAAGACAAAAAAUGAAUAGGGUGACAGUUUCCGAUGUACUCGAAAAGAUAGAUGUCGAGUGCGAAAUAGUCACAACCCCAGAUAGGCAAUUGAAAACCACGAUGCAUUUUGUGUUUCUACCAUAUUCCCAAUACAAGACCCAGUAUGCUAUAAAGCCGCCACAAAUAAUAAAACACAUGCAGAACAAAUUCUUUGAUGAGAUGUUCGCGGUAAUACGUAGGCAGGCUAAAACUACUUGUGGUGUAUUAUGGGCAGCAGAAAAAGAGAAAAAACGUCGUUCUGCAGGAAGUGACGAUGAAGAAGAAGAGGUUAUUGGUGCAGAGCCUAAGGAGCAAGUUAAUGAUAAUGUUGACAUCGACAGUUCAGAUGAAGAAGGACCUAACGACGAUGAUGACAAUACUGACGUAAGAAAUCGAAAGAAGCAUACCGAAGAACAAGAAUACGAGGAUCCAGAAUCAGGGGAGGAAGAGAAGUCAGAUGAUGAAGGCGAGGACGAACAAGACGCAAAAGACGAUGAUGUGACUGAAGUGACUCAAGAUGACGCUAAUAGUAAAAUAAUGGCUAACGUUGUUGAAAACAUCAACAACGCAACAAACUACUCAUUCGACACGAAGAAUCACAAAUGGUGCGAACUGACAGUGCUUUUUCCUAUCUCAUUCCUGGAGGUCGAUCUAUCGCAAGCGCUUCGUGAUGCUGCAACGAGGUCCGUUGUCUAUGAAAUUAAACAUAUAAAACGAGCUAUAACUAACAAAGAGAAAAAUGUUCUAUAUCUAAAAACAGAAGGCAUUAAUAUAGUUCAAAUGUUUAAAUAUAAUAACCUCCUUGAUUUAAAUAAACUGUACAGCAAUGAUAUACAUGCAAUAGCAAACACGUAUGGCAUAGAAGCAGCUAAUAAAGUAAUUAUAAAAGAAAUACAGAAUGUAUUCAAUGUUUACGGUAUCACAGUAGAUCCGCGGCAUUUAUCUCUGGUAGCGGAUUAUAUGACGUAUAAUGGAGUAUUUGAACCCAUGAGUCGGAAAGGAAUGGAGUCAUCAACAUCGCCUUUACAACAAAUGUCGUUUGAAUCUUCUUUAAUAUUCUUAAAGGAAGCUGUAUUGAAUUCGAAGAAAGAUUUCAUAAGGUCCGCUUCAAGUUGUCUCAUGUUGGGUCAACCCUGUCGCAUCGGCACUGGAGCGUUUAGCUUGCAGCAUGUCAGUAAAGUUAUCAGUUAAUAAGAUGUUGAAAUUUAUACUAAAUAAAUUAAGUUUACAUUUAUGAUUAAAUAAAUUUUAUUUCUAGA